AUGGCGAGGAAGCUCAGUGUGUUGGAAAUCUUCCUGAUUGCCUGCUUCCUAACCGUACUGCUCAUAGAUAUCUUCUUGCUGCUUCUGCUGGUUGAGGAACCUUCAGACUGUGUGUUUAUCCCACAGUGCCCAGAGAUCCCGGAAUCAGAAAGGAUAGACUGUGCGCCUGGCCAGGUGGUGGCAGAGGAGGAGUGCAGGCAGAGGCGCAAGUGCUGCUGGAAGCCUGGGCCAGACACCCGUGUCCCCAACUGCUUCUUCCCCCGGAACUGGGGCUAUGAAGUGGACAAAGGCAUCCUGGAAAAUAAGAGCACAGGGUUCACUGCCAAGUUGCAGAAGUUGCCGUCCCCGAGUCUGUUUGGCAAUGACAUCACUGAAGCCCACUUCGCAGCCGAGUACCAGACGCCCAGGCGUCUUCGCUUUAAGAUCACUGAUUUCUACAACACACGCUAUGAGGUCCCCCACGAGCAUGUGAGGCUGUUCAACGGGACCGCUCGGACUGCCAACUUGAGCUAUCACGUCGAGGUCACCGAGAAUCCCUUUGGCAUCAAAAUAAUGCGGACAAGCAACCACAAAGUCCUAUUGAACUCGAACAUCGGGCCCCUCCUGUUCGCCGAGCAGUUCCUGCAGCUAUCUUUCCUCCUGCCCAGCGCCACCGUGUACGGGCUGGGAGAGCACGUGCACCAGCAGUACCGCCACGACAUGGCCUGGAAGACCUGGCCCAUCUUCGCCCGGGACGCCACCCCCACCAAGGGCAUGGUUAAUCUGUAUGGAGCCCACACAUUCUUCUUGUGCCUUGAGGAUACCAGUGGAUCCUCUUUUGGGGUCUUUCUGAUGAACAGCAAUGCUAUGGAGGUCACCCUUCAGCCUGCUCCAGCCAUCACUUACCGCACCAUCGGGGGCAUUCUUGACUUUUAUGUGUUCCUGGGAAACACUCCAGAGGAAGUGGUUCAGGAAUACCUGGAGCUCGUUGGACGACCAUUCUUGCCUUCCUACUGGAGUCUUGGGUUCCAGCUUAGUCGCAGGAAUUAUAGUAACAUCGAGGGAUUGAAAAAGGUUGUAAACCGAACUCGUAAAGCUAGGAUCCCAUAUGAUGUCCAGUACUCGGACAUAGACUACAUGGAUGGAAUGAAGGACUUCACUAUUGAUCAAAAGGCUUUCCCUGGUCUCUCAGACUUUGCCAAGAACUUACACGAACAUGGACAGAAAUAUGUCAUUAUUAUGAAUCCUGGCAUCUUAAAUGAUCCUAACUACCGGCCCUAUGAGAAUGGAAGGAAAAAGAGAAUAUGGAUCGAGGGGGACAAUGGCUUUGUCAUUGGGCAGGGAUAUCCUGGAAGCACUGUCUUUCCUGCCUUUAAUAACCCAGUUUGUACUCAGUGGUGGACAGAAGAGCUCCAAGAAUUUAAUAAAAUGCUGGAGUUUGAUGGAGUGUGGCUGGAAAUGGAGGAAGUAUCCAACCUGCUCGACGGUUCUCUUGGUGUCUGUAAAGUUAACACCUGGAACUAUCCUCCUUUCACGCCUCGAGUUCUGAACCGCUCACUUUUUGCAAGAACCCUCUGCAUGGAUGCCGAAGUUCACCAGGCCCUUCACUAUAACGUCCACAGCCUGUAUGGCUACACCAUGGCAAAAGCCACAGACUCGGCCUUGAAGACUAUCUUCUCCAAAAAGAGGAACUUCAUCUUAUCCCGUUCUACUUUCGCUGGAUCUGGCAAGUUUGCUGCUCAUUGGUUGGGGGACAAUGAAGCUGCGUGGGAUGAUCUUCGAUGGUCCAUUCCAAGUAUCCUUGAGUUCAACCUAUUUGGCAUCCCCAUGGUAGGUGCCAAUAUCUGUGGCUAUACAAAUAAUGUCACAGAGGAGCUCUGCAGGAGAUGGAUGCAGCUUGGAGCCUUUUAUCCACUAUCGAGGAAUCACAAUGGGCCUGGGUUCAGGGACCAGGACCCCGCUGCCUUCGGUGAGGACUCCCUGCUGUUGAAUUCCUCCAGGCAUUACCUGACGGUCCGCUACACCCUGCUGCCCUAUCUCUACACCCUCUUUUACCGCGCUCACACCCUGGGGGAGACUGUAGCCAGGCCCCUGGUCCACGAGUUCUACCAGGACAACGCUACAUGGGAGGUGCACGAGCAGUUCCUGUGGGGGCCUGGACUCCUCAUCACGCCUGUUUUAUACGAAGGCGCGGACCGAGUGAAGGCAUACAUACCAGAUGCCACCUGGUACGACUAUGAGACAGGAGUAGCCAUCCAGUGGAGGAAACAACUGGUGGAGAUGCUACUGCCUCCUGAUAGGAUCGGACUUCACCUUCGAGGGGGCUACAUAUUUCCCACCCAACAGCCAAACACAACCACGGAGACCAGUCGGAAGAACUCCCUGGGACUCAUUGUUGCCUUGGACUAUAAGAGAGAAGCAAAGGGAGAGCUGUACUGGGACGAUGGUGCAUCUGCAGGGGCAGUAGCUGAAAAGAACUACAUUCUGUAUGAGUUUUCUGUCACCUCGAACCGUCUACAAGCAAAGAUUACAAAUAAUAAUUAUACGGACCCUGACAACCUCAUGUUUACAGAUAUCAUUAUCUUGGGAAUGGACAAGCAACCUGCUAAUUUUGUCCUCAAUGAUGUUGCUAUUUCAAAUGUUCACUACAGUGCGUCAACGAAGGUGGUGAAAAUCAAUGAUCUCAAGGGAGUGAAACUGGGACAAGAAUUCUCCAUAAAGUGGAGUCUUCCUGUCAAUGACCUAGAGAAGUUCAACUGCUACCCUGAGGAGCCUAAUCCCUCCGAGGAGAGCUGCAGGCAGCGGGGGUGCCUUUGGGAGGACAGAGCUCCUUCUAGCGUGCCUUCCUGUUUCUAUGACACUAUCCCUAAUUAUGCUGCCAAUAACAUUCAGUAUUUGCCCGAUGGCAUCACCACAGACCUUACCCUCCUGGCGGCCCCCGAGUCGGCGCGAGCAGCUGCACCACCGCCGUCACCAGGGCGCGCUCGACCUCUAUCCGCAGCAGCCACCGCCUCUGACCGGCUUUCUGAAAAGAUCAGAUUCCUUAGGGUCAGCGUGAUCUACCACACGGAGAGCAUGCUGCAGUUCAAGAUCUAUGAUCCCAAGAACAAAAGGUACGAGGUCCCAGUGCCUCUGAACACCCCUAGCUCUCCGGUUGGCUCCCCUGAAAACUGUCUGUAUGAAGUCAGGAUUCAAAACAACCCUUUCGGGAUUCAGAUUCAACGAAAAAGCUCCGGCACAGUGAUUUGGGACUCUCAGCUCCCCGGCUUCACCUUCAACGACGUGUUCCUUUCCAUUUCGACUCGCCUCCCCUCUGCGAACAUCUAUGGCUUUGGGGAAACUGAGCACACAACCUUCAGAAGGAACAUGAGCUGGAACACGUGGGGAAUGUUUGCUCGAGAUGAGCCACCAGGGUACCAGAAGAAUUCCUACGGCGUCCACCCCUACUACCUGGGCCUGGAGGAAGACGGCAGCGCCCACGGGGUGCUUCUGCUAAACAGCAACGCCAUGGAUGUGACGCUCCAGCCCACUCCCGCCCUGACAUACCGCACCACAGGAGGGAUUUUCGACUUUUAUGUGGUUUUAGGGCCAACUCCCGAGCUUGUAACUCAGCAAUACACGGAGUUGAUUGGUCGGCCAGCAAUGACUCCGUACUGGGCCUUGGGAUUCCAGCUGAGUCGCUAUGGAUACCAGAGUGAUACUGAAAUUUCCAGUUUGUAUGAUGAAAUGGUGGCGGCCCAGAUUCCCUACGAUGUUCAGCAUGUGGACGUGGAUUACAUGGACCGGCAGCUGGACUUCACCCUCAGCACCAGCUUUCAGAACCUCGGGCUGCUGAUGGAGCGCACGAGGCCCAAUGGCACGAGAUUCGUCCUUGCUCUGAAUCCAGCCAUUUCUGGCCAGGAGACCCAGUAUCUCCCAUUCAUUAGAGGGCAGGAAAACAAUGUAUUCAUCAAAUGGCCUAACAACAGUGAUAUUGUCUGGGGAGAGCUGUUCGGAGCGCGGGUCGCGCACCCUGACUUCCUGCGCAAUGGCACGGCCGCCUGGUGGAAGAAGGAGAUAAAGGAGCUCUACGCCAACCCCCGAGAGCCAACGAAGAGCUUGAAGUUCGACGGACUGUGCCUCAGUAAGAAUGAGCCAUCAAACUCUGUGGAUGGAUCUGUCCAGGGCUGCCGCGAUGACACUCUCAAUAAGCCGCCUUAUAUGCCGUAUCUGGAGUCCAGGGACAGGGGCCUGAGCAGCAAGACCCUGUGCAUGGAGAGUGAGCAGAUCCUGCCCGACGGCUCCCGGGUGCGCCACUACGACGUGCACAGCCUGUACGGGUGGUCCCAGACCAGACCCACCUACGAAGCCGUGCAGGAGGUGACAGGAGAGCGAGGGAUUGUCAUCACCCGCUCCACGUUCCCCUCUUCCGGCCGCUGGGGGGGGCACUGGCUGGGAGACAACACAGCCUCGUGGGACCAGCUGAGGAAGUCGAUCAUUGGCAUGAUGGAGUUCAGUCUCUUUGGAAUAUCUUAUACAGGAGCAAAUAUCUGCGGGUUCCUUGGAGAUGCUGAAUAUGAGAUGUGUCUUCGCUGGACGCAACUGGGGGCCUUUUAUCCAUUUUCCAGGAACCACAACACCAUGGGGACAAGGAGACAGGAUCCCGUGGCCUGGAACACAACCUUUCAGAUGUACGCAAGGAAAGUCCUCCGGACCAGAUACACCCUGCUGCCCUACCUCUACACCCUCAUGCACCGGGCUCACGUCGAGGGCGGCACGGUGGUCCGGCCCCUCCUCCACGAGUUUAGAGAGGACAACACCACGUGGGAUAUAGACCAUCAGUUCAUGCUGGGCCCUGCCGUCUUAAUCAGCCCCGUGCUGACAAGUAACACUUUCGAGGUCCGUGCCUACUUUCCCAGAGCCCGCUGGUAUGACUAUAGCACGGAAUCGGGCAACACGUCGGCGGGCGAGUGGAGAACCCUGGAGGCCCCCCUUGACCACAUCAACGUUCACGUCAGAGGAGGCUGCGUCUUGCCCUGGCAGGAGGCGGCGGGGAACACUCGCUCCAGUCGACAAAACUUGAUGGGAUUGACCAUUGCCUUGGAUGACAAUGGGAGAGCUGAAGGUCAGAUGUUCUGGGAUGAUGGACACAGCAUUGGUACCUAUGAAAAUGGAAACUAUUUUUUGGCAAAUUUUACAGCAGCUCAGAACACAUUGCAGAUCCAGACCGUACAUGAUAGUGAUUUGAGUGAGUCAAAUUCACUGAGAGUUGGAUAUAUUAAAAUCUGGGGGAUCCACUCUACUCAUGUGACACAAGUCAAUAUCACCUAUGACAACAUGAAAUUCACAACAAUAAAUUUCCAGAGUGACCCCUACAAUCAGACACUAACCAUUCAAUUGACUGACAAGACUAUCCUGCUGAAAAACUUAACUGAGGUCACUUGGAGUCAUGAUGGUCCCGGCAUUUCUACUACACCUAUGACUAGUACCUUCUCGUCAACUUCCUAUUCUACAUUUACGACCCAGGCUACUCCUUCUGAGUCUAUUGUCACUAGUUUUGCUACUACAGAAACUACCACUGCCAGCACUAGUGCUGCCUUUCCUAAUACCACCGCUUAUUUCCCAACAAGUACUCUUGAAGUGACACCUGAUACUACUGUUCCUAAUACUACUAUAGAUUUUCCUACAAAUACUACCACUGCUAGCACUAGUAUUGCCUUUCCUGGCACAACUACCUAUUUCCCACCAAGUACUAUUGAGUUUACAACUAGUACUACUGUUCCUAAUACUACUAUAGAUUUUCCUACAAGUACUACCACUGCUAGCACUAGUAAUGCCUUUCCUAAUACAACCGCUUAUUUCCCAACAAGUACUCUUGAAGUUACACCUGGUGCUACUCUUCCUAAUACUACUGAUUUUCCUACAAAUACUACUACUGCCAGCACUAGUAUUGCCUUUCCUGGCACAACCACUUAUUUCCCACCAAGUACUCUUGAAGUUACAACUAGUACUACUGUUCCUAAUACUACUAUAGAUUUUCCUACAAAUACUACCACUGCCAGCACUAGUAUUGCCUUUCCUGGCACAACCACUUAUUUCCCACCAAGUACUAUUGAGUUUACAACAAGUACUCUUGAAGUUACACCUGGUGCUACUCUUCCUAAUACUACUGAUUUUCCUACAAAUACUACUACUGCUAGUACUAGUACUGCCUUUCCUAAUACAACCACUUCUUUCCCAACAAGUGCUAAUGAAGUUACAGCUAAUACUACUGUUUCUGAUACUACUAUCNCAACCACUUAUUUCCCACCAAGUACUCUUGAAGUUACAACUAGUACUACUCUUCCUAAUACUACUAUUGAUUUUCCUACAAAUACUACCACUGCCAGCACUAGUGCUGCCUUUCCUAAUAUAACCACUUAUUUCCCAACAAGUACUACUGAUACUACCACUGGUACUACUGGUCUUAAUACCACUGCUCUUUCUCCAACAGAUACUGAUGCUACUAGCCCUAGCACUACUGUGCCAAUUACAGCUAUUCCUUCUCUGACAAAUACUGGGGCUGAUAAUACUAGCAUGGAUUCAGUUACUACAAAUAUCUUAAAUAUUACCACUGCAGGAAACACAACAGCAACCACAGGCAUCACCACAGUUACUUUGACUACAAAUGCUAGUUCUGAACAAACUACUACUCAGAUCAUGUUAACGUCACCUCCUGCAGGCACCCCUGGUACCAGCACCACAGAUAAUGCACUGACCAGAAUCAGCACCACUACUUAUCCACCAGAUACCCCUACUCAUACUUUAAAUACCACAUCCACGAGCACCACCAAUGCACAUAUUACCAAUAUAAUAACCAGUGUUACUGACAUUAUAAGUACUCCCACUACACACAGCCCAGCUACUGUGGAUACAAUAGUCACUACUCCUCAAGAUUUCACCACUCCCUCACACAUGAACACUACAGAUACCAAAUCCACUACCAAAGCUACUGGAAAUGCCACCACGGCAUAUCCUACCACCAUCACUACAGAUAUUUUCCGCACAAAAACUCCAAAUUCAACGACUACUUCUGAUCCAGUCCUUACAAACACUCGCAUUCCAGAUACCACAGCAGCCUCAGACACGUUAACACCUGCUCUUCCAGAUACAGCAGCUCACUAUCUUGUAACAACAAAUUCUACAGCCAGUUUUCUACCGAUUGCAGCUAAUGCUACCACAGCUACAACAAAUGUUACCAUAUAUGCUUCAAAUACUAUCACUCCUGAUACGACACCAACGGAUGCUUCUACUACUGCAUUGACUUACGCUACAAAUACCACAAACACUACUCUAGUUCCCUGA